AAAUAUUGAGUGGUAAUUUUAGAGUCAGUAAACAAUAAAUUCUAUUCUUGAAAAAAUUAACGCAAGACCGGAUCGGAUGUGGAUGGUCUAUUACCCGUGGGAGGACGUGGAUGGUCCAUUACAAACCUACUUUCGUAUAUACCUUCAACUUCCUUCCGUUUUAUUUGGUUACCCGUUGCAGCAUGAAGCUCUCUCUUUCGCUUGCUGUCAAUGCUCUCAUUCUUCUUAAAGCUCUCGUAAUGAUCUCUGCUCAAGCCAGGUUUUCAAAUGAGACUGACAUGAAAGCUUUGCUUGAGUUCAAAUCUCAAGCUGCUGAAAACAGAAGGGAGGUUUUGGCCUCAUGGAACAACUCCUCUCCACUCUGCAGCUGGAUUGGAGUCAGAUGUGGCCGCAGACGAGAAAGAGUUUCAAGUCUAGACCUCGGAGGAUUCAAAUUAGCCGGUGUGAUCUCACCUUCCAUUGGUAAUCUCUCUUUUCUCAGAUCACUUAAUCUUGGAGACAACUCUUUUGUUGGCACCAUCCCUCAAGAAGUUGGAAUGCUAUUUAGGCUUCAGUACUUGAACAUGAGCUUCAAUCUCCUCGAAGGAAAUAUUCCUCACAGUCUUUCUAACUGCUAUAAACUCUCUAGCCUAGAUUUAUCACUAAACCAUCUUGAACACGGUGUUCCUACAGAGCUAGGUUCACUCUCUAAGCUAGUCAUUCUGUAUCUUAACAACAACAACCUUACCGGAGAGUUUCCAGCAUCUUUUGGAAACUUGACGUCACUCCAGGAACUUGACUUUGCAUAUAACAAUAUGGAAGGAGAGAUUCCAUUUGAUGUGGCUAGAUUGACUCAAAUGGUGUUUUUCCAAGUUUCACAAAAUAGGUUAUCAGGUGUUUUUCCUCCUGCUUUAUACAACAUGUCCUUGCUUGAGUCUUUAUCACUAGCUGGCAAUAGCUUUUCAGGUGAGCUUAGAGCUGAUUUUGGUGAUCUUCUACCAAACCUAAGAAUUGUUGUCAUGGGAAGAAACAAGUUCACAGGAGCUGUUCCUGUAACACUUGCCAAUAUCUCAAGCCUUGGAAGGUUUGAUAUCUCAACUAAUUAUCUUACAGGAAGCAUCCCUUUGAGUUUUGGAAAGUUACAUAAUCUCUGGUGGUUAGGGAUCCAUAGUAACUCUCUGGGAAACAACUCCUCCAGUCAUCUAGAAUUCAUCGGUGUUUUGGCGAAUUGCACUCAGUUAGAGUACUUAGAUGUUGCUUACAACAGACUUGGAGGUGUGCUGCCUGCCUCCAUAGCCAACUUGUCAACCAAGCUAACUGUUCUGUCCCUUGGAGAAAACCUAAUCUCUGGAACUCUUCCUCAUGACAUAGGGAAUCUCAUAAGCCUGCAGGAGCUAGAUUUAGAAACAAAUCUGUUGACAGGAGAGCUUCCAGCUUCUCUUGGGAAGCUUGUGGAGUUGCAGGUGCUGGAACUGUAUUCAAAUGAAAUAUCAGGUGUAAUACCAUCUUAUUUAGGCAACAUGACUCGGUUGCAGUGGAUCCAUUUGAACAACAAUAGUUUCCAGGGAAGUAUCCCUCAGAGCAUUGGACGCUGUCAAAAGUUGAUAGACCUAUGGAUUGAUUCAAACAGGUUGAACGGGACAAUACCUCUGGAAAUACUGCAGAUUCCAACACUUGCUUACUUAGAUUUGUCUGACAAUUUCUUGACCGGUUCAUUACCGGAAGAAGUUGGAGAGUUGCAGCUCCUUGUUGGACUAGGAGCUUCUAACAACAAGUUAUCAGGACACCUUCCACAGGCUCUAGGGGGUUGUCUUUCGGUGGAGUUUCUUUAUAUGCAAGGCAAUUCAUUUGAUGGAGCCAUUCCAGAUAUAAGUCAGUUGGUGAGCUUAAGGAAUCUUGACUUUUCUAAUAACAAUCUCUCUGGCGGCAUACCUCGAUAUCUGGCCAAGUUUCACUUACUGCGGAAUCUGAAUCUUUCGGUAAACAAGUUAGAGGGAAGUGUGCCAGUAGAAGGAGUGUUUAGAAAUGCUACAGAAGUUUCUGUUUUUGGAAACUUGAAUCUAUGCGGCGGCAUCAGAGAAAUGCAGCUACAGCCAUGUACUGUCCAAGCAUCACCAAAAGUGAGGAAACAUCUCUCACUUGAAAAGAAACUUGCAAUUGGUAUCACUACAUGUAUAGUUUUUAUGUUCAUUACAGUGGCUUAUCUGUGUUGGUUCAAGAAGAAGAAUAACGCCAGUGGCGGUAACCCUUCUGAUUCUUCUUCUGCUUUGGGGAUGUUCUUUGAGAAGAUAAGCUUUGAAGAGCUUCAUGUUGCAACUAGUGGCUUCUCUUCAAGCCACCUGAUUGGUUCAGGCAACUUUGGUGAUGUCUUCAAAGGACUUCUUGGCAGUGAUCAUAAACUCGUCGCUGUUAAAGUUCUGAACCUCCUGAAGCAUGGAGCAACCAAAAGUUUUAUGGCGGAAUGUGAAACCUUCAAGGGUAUAAGGCAUCGAAACCUUGUGAAGCUGCUAACGGUUUGUUCUAGCCUAGAUUCCAAAGGAAAUGAGUUCAGAGCUCUGGUCUAUGAGUUUAUGCCAAAAGGAAGCUUGGAUAUGUGGCUGCAGCCAGAAGACCUGGAUAGGGCAAACGAUCACUCGAGAAGUUUAACACUCUCAGAGAAACUAAACAUAGCAAUAGAUGUUGCAUCCGCCUUGGAGUAUCUGCAUGUUCACUGUCAUGACCAGGUAGCUCACUGUGAUCUUAAGCCAAGCAAUGUACUUCUGGACGAUGAUCUGAUUGCUCAUGUUGGUGACUUCGGUUUGGCUCAGCUUCUCUGUAAAUACGACCGAGAUACCUACCUAAACAAGUUUAGUUCUGCCGGUGUCAGAGGCACUGUUGGCUAUGCUGCACCAGAAUAUGGAAUGGGAAGCCAACCAUCAAUACAAGGAGAUGUGUACAGCUUUGGGGUUCUAGUUUUGGAGAUGUUCACUGGAAAGAAACCGACAGACAUAUCAUUUGCAGGCGACUAUAACCUCCACAGCUACGCGAUGUCCGUACUGUCAAGAGAUGGUGAGGAGGGUGGAGGCAGCAACGCCAUUGAUGAGUGGUUGAGACUGGUUUUGCAGGUGGGAAUAAAGUGUUCUGAAGAGUAUCCAAGGGAUAGGGUGAGAAUGACUGAAGCACUACGAGAACUAAUCUUAGUCAGAUCUAAGUUCUUUACUUCCAAGACGACUUUUACGGAGCUCAGUCCUCGAGAUGCUGUGCAAAGUUUUCCUCAGGAAUGGAUGUUAAAUGCGGACGUACAUACAAUCGAGACCUCAAUAUAAUGGCAUCACAAUCACCUUCUCAACUACUUAUGGGGACACACUGAAUGUGUCUCUGCUUCAGCUUCAUCACAAACAGAGCAAUGUUGGGAGGAGACUUUACUGUACUGCAUAUAGUACUAUAAUCAUUUCAAAGCAGAUUAUAAAGUAAUUAUAAGUCUUAUGUUACAGACUAUUACGUUUUAGAUCUUGUGAUUCUACCUA